AUGUCUUCCUCCAGGCAACUAUAUUACAAAGUCACUCAAAUACGUUCCUCGAUAGGAAUGCCUCCAACAACACGACGCACAUUAGAAGCUUUGGGAUUGAAAAGAAGAAAUCAAACUAUAUAUGCAAAGUGUGAUGUAUCAUCUGCUCAUUCGCUAGCAAAAGUCAAAGAAUUGGUAAAAAUAGAAGUCACUGACCAGAAGAAGACAAGGGAAGAGAUCAACCAGGAAAGAAAGUGGAAGAGUGGUUUUGAGGUAAUUCCUGAAGGCACGAGAAAAGUAUAUAAUUAA